UGUGUAAGCAAGUAAGCCUUGGUUUUAAAGUUUGAGUGAGGUGCACAUUCAGCUUGCAAUGUCCGCCGUGUCGGUGUCGACCAAGCUUUCCGUGCCAUCUGCGCCGUGGAAGCCGGGAGUGAAGCCUGUGCCACGCCGCGGUCUGUCACGGAUCUCUGAGAUCAAAACAAGGCACACGGUAGUGGCUGUUGCUGCUUUCCUAUCCAGGUGCUUUCAGCGAUCUCGAGCUGCCCACAAAGCCUUGCCCAAGGGGUUUGAAGAGAACGGCCCGCAGCUUUUUAGGAGAGGGCUGCUGCUGAGCACUUUGGCUCCUAGCAUCGCUAAGGCCGAGCACUUGGCAAGUCUGGCUUCAGAAGCCUUAAAAAAUGCCCAGGGCAAGGUGGCUGUCAUUACAGGAGCCACUUCUGGUGUUGGACUUGAAGCUGCUCGAGUUUUAGCAGCCAAUGGAUGCGAUGUUUAUGUCGCUGGGCGCACCCUUGAGAAAGCGCAAAAAGCAGCGGCUGAUGUUGCUGCCUCUGCCACCGGCCAGGUCUUCCCUAUGGAGCUGAACUUGGCAUCAUUGGACUCGGUCCGCCGCUUUGCGUCCGAGUGGGACUCCUCGAUCAGGAGACCGGUGGAUAUCCUCGCUUGCAAUGCAGGCCUUGCUUUAGGUCAAGAUCAGAAGGAGCCGCUUUUCACAGAAGAUGGCUUUGAGCUCACAGUCGGCACAAAUCACCUGGGACACUUCCUGCUGGCCAACCUGAUGAAGAAGCAGUUGGCCCCAGAAGCCCGUGUGGUGGUCACCGCUUCAUCGGUGCACAACCCGGCCACCGGGGAUCCCGGAAAGCAAGCCACGUUGGGUGAUCUGUCAGGACUGGGGAAAUUCAUGGUGGACGGGUCGAGCUAUGAUGCCGGGAAAGCAUACAAAGAUUCCAAGCUGUGCAACGUGCUGUUCACAUUGGAGUUCGCGAGGCGUUUGAAGAGAGAGGGGUCAAACAUCACGGUAAAUUGCUUCAGUCCAGGUUUGAUUCCUUCAAAGACCUUCUUUCGAUAUCAAAACGAGGGCUUCUCUUCUGCCUUUGCCUUUGCUGCUGAAAAUAUCUUGAAAAUCGCUGAGACACCGCAGUUCGGAGGUGACACUCUAGUCUUCAUGGCUUUGGACCCAAGUUUGAAGCAGAAGACAGGCUGCUUUUACUCCGCAAUUCCUCCAGGAAAGCACCAGUUUGUGGAGGACACCCCGUCUCAAGAGGCUUCCAACGAGAUUGAGGCAGGAGAACUUUGGACUCGCUCAGCUGCACUUGUGGGUCUCUGACUGUGUCAUAUGGAGGAAAAGAGGUUGCAGGUUUCCCAGGGGUAGAAAACACUAUAAGAGGCAUUGGACAAAUAAAGUUGUUUCUCUUGGAGGUGCUUGAAACAUUGGGGAAACAUUGAGGAAACAUCUGCCCUUGAUAUAGCGACUCAGCUGCCUGCAUCUUCAAUCUGGCGGGAUGCUAAAGCGCGAACAGAAAAGGAAUUGCGCGUAUGUUUGUUGUAACCCCGCGCAUCAACAUGAAAGACAUAGUCAUCUAAUGGAAUCUAACGUUGACAACGUUUGGUUGACCAGACCAACACAUAACUGACUUGCUUGUGAGAUUU